ACACUAUUCACGAUUUAAAUCCUUAAAAUCUUACGAUUUUACGAUUCAAAUCUUUGAGUCAAUUUUACUUAUUUUCCCCAAAAUUUGCAAAAUUACUCCUUUUUUUCUUCUCCUCCACCAACGUCAUAUAGUUCUCGCACAGUAACCACCAUCGACUAUAAUCAAUUCACAUCAACAUAUUAAUCAUCAUCGAUUCACCACCUCUUAACAUUAACCUUAAGUUAUCAUCGAUUCACCACCUCUUAACAUUAACCUUAAGUUAUCCAACGAAAUUUUUUUUUAUCAUUGUAAGUGUUUUGUGAUUUUGUGUUAUUCAUGAUUUUCCUUACUAAUAUUAUUUCGUCUUCAUUUUUCAUAUGGAACUUAAAAUCCUACGAUUUUACGAUUUCGAUUUUACCCCCAUUUUCGAUUUUACGUCAAAUCCCGAUUUUGACCGCUUUGGAGGAGAGGGCAUUACACAUGUACAGGUGGGAGUGCAAGCAAUUGAUCCAGGUGGGGGAGUUUUUGUGGAGCCGGGUGACAAGCGCAAUAGUGCGCCGGCUAGUGCCAGGAGCCGAGACGAUAUCGGGUCCAGGCGCUGCGAGUCGGGGGGAAUACCAGGCCGGCGCUAGGAACCAGACGAGAGGACAAGACCCAGCUCGAGGAGCUGGAGGCAAUAGAGGGCUCGGGUGUCGGGAGGAGGGCGGAGCCCAGGAGCCGUGCAAUAGCGGGGCUCGGGCACGAGGAGGAGGGCGAAACCCGGGAGCCGGGAACAGGGAGCGAAAACGGGCUCUUACGCCGAGAGCCAGGGGAGUAGCAGGCCCGAGCACCUGGAGGAGGGAGAAGCCCGGGGACUGGGAGUAUCGUGCGAGAGGUGAAGGCCCGAUGCCGAGAGUUGGGAGAUUAGCAUGCCCGGGCACCGGGAGGAGGGCAAAGCCCAGGAGCCGGGGACUGGGAGCGAAAACAGGUUCGGGGCUGGGAACAGGACGAGAGGUGAAGAUCAGGCACCGGGAGCCGGGGGAGUAGCGAGCCUGGAGACUGGGAGGACGGCGAAUCCCGGGAGCCGGGGAUUGGGAGUGAUAACGGGUUCGGGCUUCGGGAACCAGACGAGAGGCGAAGACCUUUCGCCUGGAGUCGGGAGCAAUAGCGGUGUAACACCUCGACCUUUAGGUUCCGAUUCGACCAUAAUACAUGAUCGGUUGGAUUGAUAGUUACAUACGAAGGGUUGCAAUUGCGGUUUAUGAAUAAUAAUAAUAACUAUUA